CUUUCUAUCCCAAACUUUUUAACAGACGGAGAGAAGCUCCAUCUCUCUCUUCUCUCUUCUCUCUCCGUUGUCCAAAUCGAGCUGUCUUCACUUCCAGUGUCCGAUCGAGGAAGAGAAACUAGAAUCUUCACCAUAAAUGCUUCUUCUUUCUAGGGUUACUUAUCAAUCUCCUAAUUCUAGAUUAAUUUGAUAACAACAUCAAAGCAGUAAUGGAGAAAGCAUCUUCACAAGAGUGUCCCUAUCCAGGAUGCUUCUUCUGCGUGAUGAAAGAAGGAAACCCAAACAAACGAAGAUCAUGCAUCCUCAAGUUCUUCCGCGACCUCCCUUCCCAAGACGACGACGGCCAAGUCCUCCCCAUCAGCGGCCUCUGGAACACAGCCAUGGCCCACCCCAACGACCCCGAGUUCAUCGACCUCGGCAUCUUCGAGUGCAUGUCCGCCCUCAUCUGGAAAGGCCUCAAAAACCGCCGCUGGCUCUCUCACGACCAGAACAUCUACAUCCCUUACUACGCCGCCCACAUCAUCGGCUCCUACACCAUGAACAUGGAGGAGUUCGCUGAGCGGGCCGUGGAGGCGGGAGUUAUCCCGCCUCUCGUCGAGCUCCUCAGAGGCAGGCUCACCUGGGUGGAGCAGAGAGUGGCGGUCCGCGCUCUAGGGCAUUUGGCUACUUACCCGAGCACGUUCUCCUCCGUGGCGAGCCACGGAGAGAUACUCGAGUUGGCUAUACAGCUUGGGAUGAGCUCGCUGGAGAUUGUUUACUCUCAUUUUUACCAGUUCCCGGAUAGGAGGUUGAGUUACCAUUGCGAUCUGCUGACACGUGGCAUGGGAGGCGUUGAGAUGGAGUCGAGAAAGGCCGAGGAGUGGGCUUCCCAGCUGCAGUGUUGGUCUCUUCAGCUUAUCAACUGUUUCGCGUUUAAAUCUGAGUUUCUUCCCGCUUUGUGCAAGCCUGAGUUUCUUGUGAGUCUUCCCGUUAUGUGGGGAGGUCUCGUGAACGAGAACUCCCCCGCUGGGAUUGGUCUGCUUAGGACGAUCUGUCAGCAUAAGCUCGGCCGCGGACCUGUGUCCUCCUGUUCUGGAAUGAUGGAGGCGUUGUGCAAUAUCGCUCGCUCUUCUGAUGAUUGGCAGUACAUGGCGAUCGAGUGUCUCCUCUGGCUGCUCCAAGAUCCGAACACUUCUCACAAAGUGGUUGAUAAAGCCGUGCCUACGCUCGUGGAUUUAGCAGAGAUCACAAACUUGGGAGACCACAAGAAGCUAGGAGACUCCAUUGUCAGCGUUCUUCAAGAAUGCGACUCCGUGGGGAGCCGCUCGAGGGAGUUGAUAGAAGAGACGGUGAACGUUAGGCAGAGACUCAAGUGGGAGAAAAGUAUGCCUAAAGAGGAUCUCCACAUCAAACAAGCGGCAGCUCUGGUGGUCAAACUCGAAGGGAACUCUCUCUUUUCGUCGGGAGAUAUCGCAGGCGCGGCGGAGAAGUACUCUGAAGCGUUGUCUCUAUGUCCGAUGAGGUCGAAGAAGGAGAGAGUCGUGCUGUACAGCAAUCGAGCGCAGUGUCAUCUCCUGCUUCAACAGCCUCUGGUUGCUAUAAGCGACGCCACGCGCGCGCUUUCUUUGCACAACCCUGUGAACAGGCACGCGAAGAGUCUUUGGAGGAGAGCUCAGGCUUACGAUAUGUUGGGAUUAGCUAAAGAGAGUUUGUUAGACGCGAUUCUGUUUAUUAAUGAGUGUUCUCAGUCGAAUGAUCCGGAUCUGUCCAUGAGGCAGAACAAGGUUCCUGAUUACGCGGAGAGGCUGGUGAAGAAGCAGAUGAGAGCUGCUUGGUUGUUUAAAGAGGCGGCGUUGAAGCAUGGAGGUGUGCAUAGGAAAGGGGAAGAGAGGGAAGUGUAUGGGAAUGAAAGCGAUGAUUCGGAGUGGGAAACUGCGAGUGAGAGUGAUAUUGGAGAUGAUGGGAGGGAUCAUAUGGGACUUGAUGAUGAGGAGGAGGAAGAAGAAGUUGAAGGACAUGGAGAGAAGUGGAAGAACCGGGAGAAAUCUAGUGAUAAAACUGAGAAAACUUCUUCAAAAGGUAUGAGACAUGGAUAUAGCAUAAAGCUAGCAGAAGAGGAUAUGUGAAGAAGACCUGAAACAAUGGGUUACACAACAAGGUCCUUGAAAGAAGUUGAGAAGAAAAAAAUUGUUUUGUUUUCCCAGUGAUUUUAUUUAUUUUUGCCUUGGUGUGUGUAUGUGUAACUAAGGAUUAUUCAAGAGGAUGUCAGUUUCAAUUUGUAUAAAUUACAUUCUCUCGUCUUAAGUUAUGGUUUUAUGGGUUUUUUUAAAUUUGGA